AUGUUAGGAACUGCAUCUUUGUCUUCCUCUUCCUUCACCUAUCGAUCCACCUAUGAUGUGUUCCUCAGCUCCCAUAUUGAUACUCAUCACAGUUUUACUCGGAAUCUCUACAAAGCUCUUUUUGACAGGGGAAUCUACACUUUCAUUGUCGAUGAGGAGCUUCGAGUAGGGGGUGGAAUUAGACCAUCACUUGUGAAGGCCAUUCAAGAGUCCAGGAUUGGCAUCAUCGUCUUCUCUAAGAACUAUGCAUUUUCCUCAUUUUGCUUGGAUGAACUUGUCAAGGUCAUUGAGUGCAGUAAGGAGUACUACCGGUUGGUUUGGCCGGUUUUUUACGACGUUGAUCCUUCUGACGUGAAAUAUCAGAGAGGGACUUAUGGAGAAGCACUGGCUAAGCAUGAGCAGCAGUUCAAGGAGAACUCUGACAAAGUGCAGGGAUGGAGGAUGGCUCUGUGUCAAGCAGCUAGCUUGCCUGGAUGGAUUUUCAAACCUAGGGAUGGAUAUGAAGACAAGUUUAUUGGGACCAUAGUUAAAGAGGUCUCCAACAAAAUUAAUCGCAUUCCUUUACAUGUUGCGGAUUACCCAGUUGAACUGGAACCUCGGGUGCGAGAAGUAUGCUUGUUGCUGGAUGUUGGAUCUAAUGAUGGAAUGCACAUGGUAGGGAUCUAUGGAAUGGGCGGAAUUGGCAAGACAACUCUUGCUCGAGCAGUUUAUAAUGUCACUGCAGACAAAUUUGAAGGUUCAUGUUAUCUUGAUAAUGUGAGAGAAAAUUCAGCUAAACAUGGAUUAGUGCACCUUCAAGAGAGGCUUCUUUCUGAGAUAUGUGGAGAGAAAGAUAUUAGGUUAAAAAGUGUCAAUCAGGGGAUCUCAGCAAUAAAGCAUAGGCUCCAGGAUAAGAGGGCUCUUCUGAUUCUAGACGAUGUAGACAAAGUGGAGCAAUUGGAGGCCUUAGUUGGACGAUAUGAUUGGUUUGGUCAUGGUAGCAGAGUCAUCAUUACAACUCGGGAUAGACAUUUGCUAAGAUCUCAUGAGAUUGAAAAUAUAUAUGAGGUAAAACUGUUAAAUAACGUAUCUGCUCUUGAAUUGCUUACUUGGAAUGCUUUCAAGCACGGGAAAGUCAGUUCAAGUUGCCAGGACAUUUUAAACCAAGCAGUAACUUAUGCUUCCGGCCACCCAUUGGCUUUGGAAGUAAUAGGUUCAAACUUGUUUGGGAAAAGUGUGGAUGAAUGGAGAUAUGCAUUAGAUAAAUAUAAAAGGAUUACACGUAACGAGAUCCAAAUGACACUUAAAGUAAGCUAUGAUGCUUUGGAAGAUGAAGAGAAGAGUGUUUUUCUCGACAUUGCUUGUUGCUUCAAAGGAUAUGAAUUGGCACAAAUUGAAGAUGUACUUUGUGCGCAUUAUGGUUACCACAUGAAACAUCAUAUCAAAAUGUUGGAUGAAAAGUCUCUAAUAAGAAUUACUUCGGAUGGUAGGGUGGCUCUACAUCCCUUGAUAGAGGACAUGGGUAAAGAAAUUGUCCGCCAGGAAUCACGGCGUGAGCCUGGGAGACGCAGUAGGUUAUGGUUCUUUGAAGAUAUACUUGACGUUUUACUAGAAAAUACAGGAACUAGUAAAAUUGAAAUUAUACAUUGGGAUUUCUCCUUGUUGAAAGUAGUAGAAUGGGAUGGAAUGGCCCUCGAAAAGAUGAAAAACCUCAAAACACUUAUAAUUAGAAAUGGUCAUUUUUCUAGAGGUCCCAAGCAUCUUCCAGAUAGUUUAAGAGUACUGGAAUGGUGGAGAUAUCCUUCGGAGGAUUUACCAUCUGAUUUUAAUCCAAGGAAGCUUGUCAUAUGCAAAUUACCAUAUACUCGCACUAUGUCACCCAACCUGGCCAAGUUACUGGAGAAUUUACAAAGGGCUCCUGAAGUUUUGCAAACUUCACAGAGGGUUCCUGAAAUCUCACAGGGUGUUCCUGAAGUUUUGCAGACUUCACAGAUGGGGGUUCCUGAAGUUUCACAUAUGGUUUCUGAAGUUUUACAGGCUUCACAGAGCAUUAUUGAUGUUUCGCAGACUUCAAAGAGUGCUCCUGAAGUUUCACAGAUGCUUGUUCCUGAAGUUCUGCAAACUUCAACGAGUGCUCUUCAAGCCGAGAUGAUGUGGAGACUUGUUGGCCUUGUGUCAAGUAUAGUUGGCCUUCUAUGUUUUGCUCUGAGCCCUUCAUUCCAUCGUUUAAUUGGACAAUGGAACCCUUUCAAGUUCUCUCUUUACGCGCUGUUGUCCUUGGUUAUUUGUGCCACGAUACUAUUUGCAAGGCAGUCCUCAUUUUCAAAGAAGAAUGUUAAGCUCAAAGCCUAUUUGGGGUUUUCAGUUUUGAUGGUCAUGUCUGUGUACUCAUAUUUUUAUGACAGAGCUGUGAGUGGGAAACCUGAAAUACGGAGCUUGGUUGCAAAUGCUGCCUUUGCUUUGAUGUCACUGAGCUUGUCCAAACUGAUUAAGUUUGGCUUUGAGAUGGGUAUAUUUUGUUUCUUUCUAGGUUGCUUUACAAUUCAACUGGUAACCAUUGACUUUAAACUAAUUUCAGUUGCCAUAAUCUUUGGUUGUCCACUCUUUAUUAUGCAUUCCUCUUCAGAUUACCAACCACAGGUUAGUAAUCAAGGUCAAGAUAUUUAUUCCUCUUCAGAUUCCAGACCAGAGAUUGUAGUGGAGGUCAACAUGCCAUAGACAUUCAUAUGGGAAGCAUGAAAGGCAUAUGAACUACGCAGGGAACAAGCUUUUGGAUAAGUACUGCAUCAUUGUUGGUGAUUUUGGUUUUUGAUUCAUAUGGACAAUGUAGAUAAUGUAACAAGUUAGGAAGUGUUUGCUCCAAAAGAGUUUUGUUUACUUUACUUAUAUUCUUGGAACAUAAGCCUCAAUAAUUUCAUCCAAUCCGAGUCUGUAAACCUUCUUGGAUUCCCUUUCAGCUUGUGGUUUGUAAAUGUGACAUGUUAAAUGGAUUAUAUCAGGAGUAUAAAUUGAUCCUAGCACAAGCAAUGAAUCAUCAAUGUCUUUCUGGUUCUGAAAGAAGUUUUCCAAGAUAGCUCUGUACUGUGAAGGAGAAUGUGGCAUGUAAAAUUGGCGAUAGAAGUCAAGAUUAGCAUACUCAUCAAUUGUGCAGUGUGAGAUGGGUAUAUUCUUUUAUAUCAUAGAAGUUCUCCGAACAAAUUAUGUUGGUAUUUUCUGUUAUUUCAUAGGCUGCUUUGCAAUUCAACUGGUGACCAUCAACUAAAAGCUGAUUUUGGUUGCCAUAUUCUAUGGAUGUCCACUGUUCAUCAUGCAUUCCCGACCAGAGUUUGACAAUGGAGCUCGAGAUAUUCAUUUCUCUUCAUAUUCUGGACAAAAUGGUGGUAGUGGAGUUCAACAUGUCGUAGACAUUCACACAGGAUGGGAAACAAGGCAGGCAUAUGAACUACAUUAGAUAAAAAGCUCUUUGAGAAGUGCUAUAGCAUUGUAGGGAAUUUCGGUUCUUUUAUCCACAUGGACCUUGUAGAUAAUGUAGUAAGUUCCAAAGUGUCCCCGUGGGUGGUGUUUGCUCCAAGUGUUUUGUUUCUUGAUGUUUAUUCUUGGAACAUAUGCCUCAAUGAUUUCAUCCAUGUCUGUAGACCUUCUUGGGAGUUUGGAAAGAGAACGAAGGAAAGGGUUUGAAGGGUAAGGGAAGAGAAGAGAAGUGAGGAGGAAGAAAGGUUAAUAAAAUCCCCCAAAUUGGGAAAACGUAGAAACAUGGGCUCAGAAAGGUUUGUAAAACCUCUCCCUCUCAUCUAAAACUCCCAAAGGAGGAUUAUCAUCACAUAAGUCUUUAUCUUCUCUCCCUUUCCCCCAAAAAACUAACUCCCAAACAAAGCCGUAGAUGCAAAACAUAUGUAAUGAUCUUAGCCAUCCAUUUUGUACAAACUACUGAAGUGUAGGAAUUAAUCUUGGAGUUGCUGUUAGGGGGGUAAUUUUGGGGACAGAAAAUGUAUAUAAGCAGGUGGUGUGUUAGAAGAUUAUUCAUUCAGUUGUAUUACAUUGCUGUGAGUCAGAAUAAUAUUUUGAAUAUACAAAGAACACUAUUCCUUGCAGUGCACAUUCGUGUGUUUUAAUAUCAGUCAUAAGUGGUUUGUAAAUGUGAAAUGUUCUAUGGAUUAUAGUGGGAGCAUAAAUUGAUUCAAGCAUAAGCACAGAGUCUAAGAAUCAUCAAUGUAUUUUUGGUUUGGAAAGAAGUUUGUCAAGAUAGCUCUGUAUUGUGCCCGAGAACACAGCAUGUAAAAUUGGUUAUAGAAGUCAAGUUCAGCAUACCAUCAUGAUGCUGAUUUUGGAACAAUUUCACUGUCUGGUUAACUAUACAUGUUCUUCAACAAGAUAAAGGAACCUAAUACCCUUUUGUAAUCUGCUGUGUGUGAAUUUGAGAGCAUAAAGAAUCCAAGUUGAUCACAAUGUAUUUAUUAUAAUUCCAUCCCUGCUAGUUGCAUCCAUUU